CCUUUAUCCUCCAAUCAUCCCUCUUCUCCAAUCACCUUCCUCUCUGUGCUCUCCCUUCACACACCCACGAAAACCCGAUGGCCGCCUCCGCCGCUACCGUCGGAGUCGUCAACCGAGCCCCGUUGAGCCUGAACGGCUCUGGCUCGACAACUUCAGUUCCAAGCUCGGUGUUCUUCGGUAGCAGCUUGAAGAAAGCGGUGAACUCGAGAAUCGUCAACUCGAAAGCCUCCUCGGGCAGCUUCAAGGUGGUGGCGUCAGAUGUUGAUGAAGAUCUCGAGAAGCAGACGUCGAAAGACAAGUGGAGAGGGCUCGCCUAUGACACGUCCGACGACCAACAAGACAUCACAAGAGGAAAGGGAAUGGUGGACUCCCUCUUCCAGGCCCCCAUGAAUGAUGGAACCCAUUAUGCUGUUAUGAGCUCUUAUGAAUACCUCAGUACUGGACUUAAACAGUACAAUCUGGACAACAACAUGGAUGGUUUCUACAUUGCUCCUGCUUUUCUGGACAAGUUGGUCAUUCACAUUUCCAAGAACUUCAUGACCCUCCCAAACAUCAAGGUUCCUCUCAUUUUGGGUAUCUGGGGAGGCAAAGGACAAGGGAAAUCCUUCCAAUGUGAACUCGUAUUUGCCAAGAUGGGAAUCAGCCCCAUCAUGAUGAGCGCCGGAGAAUUGGAAAGUGGAAACGCCGGAGAGCCGGCGAAGCUGAUCCGUCAGAGGUACCGUGAGGCGGCGGACAUAAUCAAGAAGGGGAAGAUGUCCUGCCUCUUCAUCAACGAUCUCGACGCUGGUGCCGGUCGUCUCGGCGGCACCACGCAGUACACCGUCAACAACCAGAUGGUCAACGCCACCCUCAUGAACAUCGCCGACAACCCCACCAACGUCCAGCUCCCCGGAAUGUACAACAAGGAGGACAACCCCCGUGUUCCGAUCAUCGUCACUGGUAACGACUUCUCCACCCUCUACGCUCCCUUGAUUCGUGACGGUCGUAUGGAGAAGUUCUACUGGGCUCCGACCAGAGAAGAUCGUAUCGGUGUGUGCACAGGUAUCUUCAGGACCGACAACGUCCCCGUUGAGGACAUUGUCAAGCUGGUCGAUACUUUCCCGGGACAAUCCAUUGAUUUCUUCGGUGCAUUGAGGGCAAGAGUGUACGACGACGAAGUAAGGAAUUGGAUCGUCGGAGUCGGAGUGGAGGGCGUGGGGAAGAAGCUGGUGAACUCGAAAGAGCCACCACCGAAGUUCGAGCAGCCGAAGAUGACCUUGGCGAAGCUGUUGGAGUAUGGUAACAUGCUGGUUCAAGAGCAAGAGAAUGUGAAGAGGGUGCAGUUGGCAGACAAGUACUUGAAUGAAGCUGCUCUUGGCAAUGCCAAUGAAGAUGCCAUUACCAGAGGAGCUUUCUAAAGCUUGAGUUCUGAUCUGAUCUGAUCUGAUUUGAUGAAAAUGAAGAAGAUGGUGAGACUCAAGUUGUUGUGUUCAUGAUGCUGAUCGGAUUUGCCUGACCUAUAUAUUUUCAGGCCUUUUUGUUCUUUCUUCUUUUGUGGAAGCAAAUCACAUAUCAAAAUAAAAAUUAUAUUGUCACUUUGGUUUCUAAGUUUUUCUAUUGUCCCAUUUUGUAACUUUGUGUUUCAAUGUGCAUUGUGAAAAAUGUUGAUCCUAGCAAUGUAUUUUCCAAGUCAAUGAAUGAGCAAAAUCCAUGUUUUGCUUACCUAGCA